AUGAAGGGUGGUAAGGCAGUGGGACCAGAUAGCAUACCGGUGGAUGCGUGGAGGAUCUUAGAAAUGGUAGUGACAUGGCUUACCAGAUUGUUUAACAAAUUCCUUGUAGGUGAAAAGAUGCCGGAAGAGUGGAGAAAAAGUGUGUUAGUGCCGAUUUUAAGAACAAGGGUGAUGUGCAGAGCGCAGCAGCUACACAGAGGUACUACAGAUGCAAUAUUUGCUUUGAGAAUGUUGAGAAGAAGUCCAGAGAAGAUGAGAUUAGACGAGUCUCCGUGGACAAUGAUGCUUGCAGAUGACACUGUCUUAAGUGGUGAGAGCCGGGAGGAAUCUGAGGAGGAGCUGGGAAGAUGA